CUACCCUAGAUUCAAAUUAAGUUUCUCAUUCACUCUAUUGGCAACCAAGAACACAUAAAUCGAAAACAUUUCUAGGGACGAAAACCCUAGAUUCACUCUUUUGUCAAUUUGUUUCCAUUAAAUCUUGUAUUUUUCAUUUUUUUUCCUUUGAUUUCGUUUCUAUUGCGUCUUUGAUUUAUGUUUUUUUUUUCAUGGAUUCAUCUGUAGAUGGAGAAACAAAUAUUUCUAGAGAUGGGAAUCGCAAAGCAAUUGAGAGGAAAAAGUAAGAAAACAAUUGAAAGUGACUAAAAGGGAGAAGCAGAGAUAUUUGUUUGAAAACAACAGCUAGUCGAAAGAAGCUACAAAGUUUUUUCUAACUCCGGGUGAUAUUGCCCAAGGGAACUAGGCAAACUAUUAAGGUGGUUAUUUUUGCUCAAGGUACUUUCUCCUGUAAAAGAUGUCUGGGCGAAAAGUUGAGGUAUAAAUCUAAACAAGAAGAGGUGAUUGCAGCAAUAUAAACAAAGUGAUAGGAAUAGUGGCAAGAAAUAUUAUUGAAAUGACUGUCCCUGUUUUAUUGUGUAGCAACAUGAGAAGAGUAGCACAAAAUGUUGCCAUCAUUGCUGCAAUAGAGAUGAAGAGCGCAGAAAGGCCAAUCAUCAACUUCAUGGGUAAAGAUAUAUGGAAAUCUUGACAAGCAUAACGAGAAGUGAGAAUCCCCAUAAACAUUAGGACUGAACUAGAUGCAGCAAAAAGAGAAAUUGAAUCUGAUACUGUAAAUACCAUGAACGGUACCACAGUAACCGAUGUUGUAUUAGAAGAGGUUGUGUUCAAAAAUACGGGGAAGCCUGUCUCUUCAUUGUUUCCACCAGGAAAAGUAAAAGCUGCAGCAAACAUAAUUGUAAUAACUAGAGCACCUACGACUGAACAAGAUUCUGCCGCUUUUUCAUCCAUUCUUCGGCUUCUUUUAGCAAAUUCCUGUGUUCUCUGAGAAACACUUGGGUAGGAGUUUCACCAUCUUUAUUUUUCUGUUUGUGGCAGAACCGUGGAACAAUGCCCUCCACUGACUGCAUUUGUUACAGAUAUUAAGUGAAAAUUUAUUUUAAUAGUUAAAAUAUCAAUUUAGAGAAAAUGUGUGGAUAAAAAUGUUAAUUUUUA